AUGGCCCCGUGGCCCCAGUAUGGCCUACCUGGACAUGACAACUUGAGGGAUUUUGACUCCUUGCAGGUGGACAGUGUUGUGGGAGUUAUGGUUCACUCUCUGAGGCCUUCUGACAUUAAACUUGUGGCAGCCAUUGGCAACCCGGAAACUCCUCUAGAUUCUGAGACUGUCAACCAGGAGACGCCUGAAAGGACCAAGAACAGGACGCAGCAGGUGUGCAUGGGAGUGAUAACAGUCCUUUCAGACAUUAUCAGACAAUUCAACCCUGCUGUCCUAAGCCCCAUGUGUCUUCCUGGGAAGAAUGUGGUACCCUAUGAUGAUACUGGAGACUUAAGGAGUCAGGCUGAAGAAUUGGUGAGAAGUUUGAAAGAGAACCCGCAACUUGACUUUCACCAUGACUGGAAACUCAUCAACGUGUUCUUCAGUAAUGCAAGCCUGUGUUACCUGUGUCCUUCCGCUCAACAGAAAAAGCACUCGAGCAGCAUGGACAAGCUGGCCGAGACACUGGACUACCUGCACCAGGAGGUCCCCAAAGCAUUUGUGAAUCUGGUGGAUCUCUCCGAGGUUGCAGCCAUGUCUCACUGGCAUCAAGGAUCUGGGCUCAGCUCCGCACCAGAGUCCUGCAGCUGCUCAGGGGAGACCUCAAAGCUGGCCAAGGUCAUCACAAGGUGGUCCUAUCAGGUAGCCUGGGAAAACCUCCUGGCCUCCAGCAGGUUCAGUGACCAGGACUCCUUUGCAGUGGUUUUCCAGCCUUUCUUCUUUGACAUGUUGCCACCUUUGACCUCUAAGGAGCCCCUGGCCCAGGAUCCCACCAUACUAGCCCUGAACCUCUGGAACAGCAUGAUGGAGCCAGCAGGACGCAAAGAUGAGCCUUUCAGUGCUACAGAGAGGAGGCCGAUGAAAUGUCCUUCUGAGGAGAGUCCCUAUCUGUUCACCUACAAGAAUAGCAAUUACCAGACCAGAUUGCUACAACCUCAACGGACCGGGGCAAGAGAAGGAGCAGAAGUCAAUUGUAUUGACAAGGACCCUUCUGACGAGAUUCCCACCUCAGUUCAUAGGCUGAAGCCAGCUGACAUCAAAGUAAUAGGAGCCAUGGGUGACUCUCUCACAGCAGGCAAUGGGGCUGGGUCCUUGUCUUGGAACCUCCUUGACGUCUUGACUGAAUACCGAGGCCUGUCCUGGAGUGGCGGCGGCGAUCAGAACAUCAGCACGGUGACCACGCUGCCCAACAUCCUCCGAGAAUUCAACCCCUCCUUGAAGGGCUUUGCUGUUGGCACUGGGAAACAAACCACUUCGAACGCCUUCUUCAACCAGGCUGUAGCAGGGGCCACAUCUGAGGGGUUAGUUGCCCAGGCCAGGAUGCUGGUGGACCUGAUGAAGAAUGACACAAGGAUACAUUUUCAAGAGGAUUGGAAGAUAAUCACUGUUUUUAUAGGUGGCAAUGACCUCUGUAGUUCCUGUGAUGACCCGGCUCGCUAUUCUCCUCAGAACUUCACAGAAAACAUCGGGAAAGCCCUGGAUAUCCUUAAGGCUGAGGUUCCUCGGGCAUUUGUGAACAUGGUAAAUGCGCUUGAGAUCAUCAAACUGAGGGAGAUAUACCUGGAUACUAGAGUCAGCUGCCCUCGGCUGAUCCUCAGAUCUCUGUGUCCCUGUGUCCUGAAGUUUGAUAAUAACUCAACAGAACUUGCCGCCCUCAUUGAAAGAAAUAAAAAGUACCAGGAGGGGACUCAACAGCUGAUUGAAAGUGGGCAAUACGACACAAGGGAUGAUUUUACUGUGGUUCUACAGCCAUUCUUGCAAGAAGUGAACUUACCAAGGACCUCGGAAGGCCUGCCCGACCGGUCUUUCUUUGCACCUGACUGUUUCCACUUCAGUAGCAAGUCUCACGCCCAUGCAGCCACUGCCCUCUGGAAAAACAUGCUGGAACCUGUUAACCAGAAGACAACACAGCAUGAUUUUGAAAGCGAGAUCCAAAUCGUGUGUCCGAACCAGAACUCGCCGUUUCUGAGCACCUACAAGAACUACAUAAAGGACUAUGGCACCCUGAUGCUGUGCAAGGACCGAACUCCUUCUGCUUCAACCCCAACCUCAGUGCACUCCCUGAGACCGGCAGACAUCCAAGUUGUGGCUUCUCUGGGGGAUUCUCUGACUGCUGGCAAUGGAAUCGGCUCCGAACCAGGCAACCUCUCCGAUGUCAUCACACAGUAUCGGGGACUCUCAUAUAGUUCCGGUGGAGAUGAAUCCCUGAAGAAUGUGACCACUUUACCUAAUAUCCUCCGGGAGUUUAACAGAAACCUUGAGGGCUAUUCAGUGGGCACCGGUGAUGCCAGUGCCACGAAUGCGUUCUUUAACCUGGCUGUUCCUGAAGCAAAGGCUGAGGAUCUCGUGGGCCAAGCCCAGGCUCUGGUGCAGAAGAUGAAAGAUGACCAUAGAGUAAAUUUCAAUGAAGACUGGAAGGUCAUCACAGUGAUGAUUGGAGCCAGAGAUUUGUGUGACUACUGUAUGGAUUCGAAUCUGUAUUCUGCAGCCAACUUUUAUGACCAUCUCCGCAAAGCCUUGGACAUACUGCAUAGAGAGGUGCCCAGAGCCCUGGUCAACCUCGUGGACUUCAUGAACCCCAGCAUCAUUCGGCAGGUGUUCCUGGGGAACCCAGACACGUGCCCAAUACAGCAGGCCAGUAUUUUGUGCAACUGUGUCCUGACCCUGCGGGAAAACACCUAUGAGCUGGCCAGGUUGGAGGUCUUCACCAAAGCCUACCAGAGCAGCAUGCGUGAGCUGGUGGAAUCAGGCCGCUAUGAAACACGGGAGGACUUUUCCGUGGUGCUGCAGCCCUUCUUCCUCAACAUCCAGCUCCCAUCCUUGGAGAAUGGACGUCCAGAUAAGUCCUUCUUUGCCCCAGACUGCAUCCACCCAAACCAGAAAUUCCACUCCCAGCUUGCCAGAGCCCUUUGGGUCAAUAUGCUUGAACCACUGGGCAGGAAAACGGAUACGCUGAAUCUGGCAAAAGAAAUACUCCUGACCUGUCCCACCAAGGAUGAACCCUUCCUGAGAACCUCCCGGAACAGUAACUACACUUACCCCACCACGCCAGACAUUGAGAACUGGGGCAGUGACUUCCUGUGUACAGAGUGGAAUCCUUCCAGUAGUGUUCCCACCUCAGUCCACAAGCUCCGACCAGCAGACAUCAAGGUGGUGGCCGCCCUGGGUGACUCGUUGACCACAGCGAUGGGAGCUAGACCAAUAAAUUCUAACAAUCUACUCACAUCCUGGAGGGGGCUCUCCUGGAGCAUUGGCGGAGAUGGCGUGCUGGAGAACCACACUACACUGCCCAACAUUCUGAAGAAGUUCAACCCUUCCAUCUUUGGAUUCUCCACUGGUUUCUGGGAGGAGACGGCGGGAUUAAAUGUAGCAGUGGAAGGAGCUACAGCGUGGGACAUGCCAGCCCAGGCCUGGGACCUGGUGAAGCGAAUUAAAACCAGCCUUGAAAUCGAUGUGAAGAAAGACUGGAAGCUGAUCACACUCUUCAUUGGGAGCAGUGACUUGUGUCAUUACUGCCAGGAUCCGAAGAACCACUCCACUGCACAGUACGUCCAGCACAUCCAACGUGCCCUAGACAUCUUCUAUGAGGAGCUUCCCAGGGUUUUCAUCAAUGUGGUGGAGGUCAUGGAGUUUGCUGGCCUGUACCAGAGCCAAGGCGGGAAUUGUGUCAUGCCUCUGGCAGUUCAGAGGAACUGCAGUUGCCUCAAAUACUCUCAAGACUCCUUGGCAAUGCAGGAGCUGAAGAAAGUGAACUGGAACCUGCAGAAUGGCAUCUCCAAGUUCUCCUACUGGCAGCAGUACAUGCAGCGUGAGGAUUUUGCAGUUGUCGUGCAGCCUUUCUUCCGGAACACUCUCAUCCCACUGAAUAAGCAAGGGGAAACAGAUCUCACCUUCUUCUCUGAAGACUGUGUUCACUUCUCAGACCGUGGUCAUGCUGAGAUGGCCAUCGCUCUCUGGAACAACAUGCUGGAGCCAGUGGGCCAUAAGACGACCUCCAACAACUUCACCUAUAGUCGAGCCAAACUCAAGUGCCCGUCCUCUGAGAGUCCUUUCCUCUACACUGUCCGGAAUAGUCAGCUAUUUCCAGAGCAGGCUACAGAAGCUCACAAAGUGCCCUCCUGGACUGUGCCAAUAGCAGCAAUAUGUGGCCUGGUAAUCGGCAUCCUCAUAAUGACAGCAUGGAGAGCCAUAAGACAUCACCAGAAUAAAGUCCAACCAAUGAACCUGAGCACUUCACAUGAGGAGUCGCUUGCAAAACCAAGAAAUGAAGCCAAGAAAAGAAAGCGAGGCGGGAAGGGUGCACGACUACGUCAGCGGAAUCGCAGGGCCCGGGUGUGUGUGUGUGUGGCGGGCGGGGUGGGGGGGGGGAGCAAGCACUCUGCCCAACAGGAGCGUGCUGGACACAGCAAGCAAGGCUUCCAUCCCGUGCCUGCGCCUGCGCCUCGGCGAUUCGGCGCAGUAGUCGUAGAGUGGGGGACAGCGCGCGGGAGUAGGGGGGGAGCGGCGCACCUGCGCGCUGGCGGUGGGAAGUCCAUCCCACUGCGCAUGCGCGAAGGCCCGGCCCCGGGGAGCGCGCAGCACGCCUGCGCGGAGCGUUGCGUGGCGGGGUGGCGGGCAGGGGCUGUGGCGAGUGAGUGGCGCUGCGGGUGGGGCCGUCGGCGGCGCUGGUGA